CGAAUUUUCGAUCUCACAGGUGAAGAGGUGAAACAAAAAUGGCUGAGGAAGAUUUCAUAUACAGAAUCAGUACGGAACAAGAAUGGGAAGAGUUUCAGAAGAAUGGAUCUUCUUUUGGUGCAGAGAUUGAUAAAUCAACUUGUUAUUAUCAUCUCAGCAAACUCGAUCAGGUACAAUUGACAUUGAAGAACUUUUUCUUGAAUGUUAAGGAGGAUCUUUACCUUCUUCAAGUCGAUCCUAAGAAGCUUGGAGAUGGAUUGAUCUAUGAAGCUGUGGAUGAAGUGAAUAGCUUCCCUCACUUCUAUGGUCCAGAAAAAACCUUUGUUCCUCUUCCUCUAGAUUCUGUCGUCAAAGCUGAGAAGUUAACAUUCACCAAUGGCAAUUUCACCUGCAGCUUCUUGACUUGAUGAUUCACUGGUUUGAGUAAUUGCAAUGUCACUCUUUCAAUAAUGUAAUUAAGAAAGUUUGUUAAGAGGUCCCUCCUCAAAGCUAAGAGGAUGUGUAAACACACAAUACAAACACAAGUUUCUUUUGGCAAAUAAAAUCUGAUUCCUUAA